CCCCACAAGAAAAAAGAAAACUUUAGCAGAAAGUGAAAAAGAAAAAUGGUUGGUGCUGCUAGUAACUGCAUUUCCCUCUCUAAUUCAGUGUUUAGCAGUUACCCAUAUGAAAAACAAGCCCUGUUUUUGAAAAAGAAAUCAACUUUCAAAUUCAUAAUCUCAAAGAAUUGGUGCAAAAUGAGUCGGAUCGACUGUAAGCUAACAGAAGAAAAGAACCCAUCUUUGAGCUCAAAUCAUAGAAUGGAAGAUUACAAUACAGCCAUGAAGAGGAUGAUGAGGAACCCUUAUGAGUAUCAUCAUGAUCUUGGUAUGAAUUACACGCUAAUAACCAACAAUCUGAUUGUGGGAUCCCAGCCUCAGAAAUCUGAAGACAUAGAUCACCUGAAAAAUGAAGAGAAUGUAGCUUACAUUCUAAACUUGCAGCAGGACUCAGACGUUGAAUUUUGGGAUAUCGACUUGCAGUCCAUAAGAAAAAGAUGUCAAGAACUUGGAGUCCGUCACAUGAGGCGGCCUGCAAAAGAUUUUGAUCCAAAUUCCUUGAGAAACAUAUUACCUAAGGCUGUUUCUUCAUUAGAAUGGGCCAUUUCUGAAGGGAAAGGCAGAGUUUAUGUUCAUUGCACAGCUGGAUUAGGAAGGGCUCCGGCAGUGGCGAUUGCUUACAUGUUCUGGUUUUGCAGCAUGAAUGUUGGUCCUUCCUCUUCUCUGAACUCUGCGUACGAUGAACUAACUUCAAAACGACCUUGUGGGCCUAACAAAAGAGCAAUACAAGGAGCUACUUACGAUCUUGCCAAGAAUGAUCCUUGGAAGGAACCAUUUGAGAGUCUUCCGGAACAUGCUUUCGCAGACAUAGCAGAUUGGGAGAGGAACUUGAUUUGCGACCGGGUUCGCGCCCUCCGUGGAACAUGAACCUUCAGGAAAUCAGCAUCUCCAAAGAUACCAUUUUGAAGGGCUUGCAAAAUAAGAACAGCUUUGGAAGCAAAGUUUGAUCCAAGACUAAGGGCUAUGCCCUUUCAGGAACCUCUGCCAAUAAAUAAAAGGGUUCUAUUCUUUUUUAUACAUUAUAUUUGGAAAGGAUUGGUACCAUUUUUCAUUAUAGAGACAUAUUAUAUAAUAUAAUAUCCCACAUUUUAUUUA